UUGCUUUCCCAUCAUCUCAAAGCUCACGAUGCUCCGGUUGCUGACUUCCCUUCUGCUUGUGGCCCUAGCCUCAGGCCGAACCAUCUACAGCCCCUCUGGGCGCGUGGUCAAUGGUGAGGACGCUGUUCCCUACAGCUGGCCCUGGCAGGUCUCCUUGCAGUAUGAGAGGAAUGGGGCCUACCAUCACACCUGCGGUGGCAGCCUCAUUGCCCCCAACUGGGUCCUGACUGCAGGCCACUGCAUCUCGAGCUCUCUGACCUAUCAAGUGGUGCUGGGCGAGUAUGACCGGUCUGUGAAGGAGGGACCUGAGCAGGUGAUCCCCAUCAACAAGGGCGACCUCUUUGUGCACCCGAAAUGGAACAGCAACUGUGUGGCCUGUGGCAAUGACAUCGCCCUGAUCAAGCUCUCUCGAAGUGCCCAGCUGGGGAAUGCUGUCCAGGUCGCCAGCCUCCCUCCUGCUGGUGACAUCCUGCCCAAUGGAGAGCCCUGCUACAUCAGUGGCUGGGGCCGUCUCUACACCAAUGGGCCCCUGCCGAACAAGCUGCAGCAGGCCCUGAUGCCCAUGGUUGACUACAAGCACUGCUCCCAGAAGGACUGGUGGGGCUCCACUGUGAAGGCAACAAUGGUGUGCGCUGGCGGGGACCUGCAGUCGGGCUGCAAUGGUGACUCUGGAGGACCCCUCAACUGCCCGACCAAUGCGGGCAUCUGGCAGGUCCACGGUGUGGCCAGCUUUGUUUCUUCCCUGGGCUGCAACACUCUGCAGAAGCCCACAGUGUUCACCCGCGUCUCAGCCUUCACUGACUGGAUCAAGCAGACCAUAGCCAACAACUAGGAGCAGAGCCCGGCUGGCCGCGCCGAUCGCACCUCCUCCAUAAAGAAGAAAGGUUUCUCUGGGAUUUAGCUCAGCGGCAUAAGCGCCUGCCUGGCAAGUGCAAGGUCGUGAGUUUGAUCCCUGGUACCAAAUUUAAAAAAAAAAUAAAA